AAAUCGCGGUACGCUUGCUGAACUGGAGGUUUCGCGCUGUACGAUCGUCAUCGUCUUUGACGCUUUUCAGCGUCAGCAUUAUCAUCAACACCAUCAUCAUCGUCAUCGCCAUCGUCAGUAUCAACGAAACGUGUUGCAAAUGUUACUACAGAAGGGAAAACGUUAGUAGCGAACUUCGGUGGCAGCCAGUCGUAGUCAGUCGGGGAGCCAAGUUUCAGUCGAUUAAACGACGCGAUCGCAUUCACAUCGCACUUGUUGCUAGUUGAUCGGAUGGAGUAAGUUUUGAACGCAUGUGAACGGAGAGAAAAGGAUGAUCGUUGUUGUUUGGGUUGCAGUGACAGUGAAGUUUGAAAUUCGUUGACGCUGCGUUUGUACGCGUGUCGUAGCAAGCGCGACGCUCGCGGGUUCGCAUUGUUUUUUUGACAGUUGCGGUGUUGUGUUUUCUUGACUGGAGAGUUUUCCUUCAGCUUGAUUGUGUGCGCAACGGAAGUUUACUUCUACUUUUGGAAUAGGUUAGAUAUGAAGAAUGUCUGAUGAGUCUGAGUUGAAGAGUUUAGUCACUCGAAAAGUAUUUAAUUAGGACAGAUUGAUGCCGUGCGAUGCCAGUCGCUUCCUGACGAAAGUGCAGCUGAGUAGUACCGGUUGUUCAGAGGGCGUACCGCGGUUACGCGAGUGUUGGUUUUUAGAUCAAUGAUGAAAUAGUGCGAUAAUUAGUGUCUUGUUCCGGAUGUUCGGGCAAAGAAUCUCAAGGUGACGGUUGAAAUUGAAGUUCAAAUUCAAUCCCAAAUAUUAGCAGCAGCCCAGUGCAGAAAGAGUGCGCGAUAGUUGCGCGAGUACGUGCCGUCAACGCAUUGCUUGGUUCAAGUGAGAAGUGUGAAAUUGAUCGACAGCUAAGAGUUUUCUUGUUAGUGUAAAAAUAGUUUACCGGUUUUUAUUUUGCUGUAUUAUCAUACGUGUUUUGGCUGCUGCAGUCGCUGUAGUAUUCGAAAAAGAUUAAGUUUAAAUCUUACUUAACACCGAAAGUUUAUUGAAACAGAUUUCUGUGAAAAUAGUUUCGCAAAACCAAGGCGUAAGAACCACUCGGAACAACGACCUGAGUUAGUUUAUCUUCCGGAGAAACCCGAUCGCAUGGAACUGACCCCAAAGUAGCAACUCAAAGUCCAAAUCUACUGGCAAAGCAUAAAAAAGAACCGAAAUGACGAAACUCUUCGAUGAAACACGAAACGCUACCGGCGAUGCCGGUGAGGAUGGUGAUAUGGCCUGGACCAAACUGUUGUCCGACCAAAGCACGCCUAGCCCAGAUAUUGUGAAAGCCGUUGUUACGGCGGUUGAUUCCAACGGUAAGCAACCAAAGGAUGUGAUAGUGACCAUCGAUCCGGAGACUGGAAAGGAAAUUGUCACGCAACCGGCCGAAGGUGCAGCUGGCCGUCGGCGGGAGUCAAUUAUCGGGACAUUCCACCGGCAGUUGCGGAUGUCACUGAAGGCUGUAAGCGAAGGGCCAGGACCGUUAACAAGAUAUCGUCAAACAAGGUUUUCAUCAAGACGCAUACGCAAGCGGGUGAUUUUCAAGCAUGGCGACUGCAACGUGGUACAGGGCAAUGUUGCCAAACGAAGGAGGCGCUAUUUGCAGGAUAUUUUCACCACCCUGGUCGACAUCCAAUGGCGCUGGACGCUGUUGGUGUUUGCCCUUAGCUUCAUUCUGUCGUGGUUGGGAUUCGGAACGAUCUGGUAUCUGAUCGGCUACAGCCACGGCGAUAUGGCUGCCUAUGCAAACGGAGAUUCCCAGCACCAACCGUGUGUUACCUUCAUCUACGGUUUCACAUCCGCAUUCCUGUUCUCGCUCGAAACGCAGCACACCAUCGGGUACGGCAAUCGGUUCGUAACGGAGGAAUGCCCGGAGGCGGUCUUCAUACUGGCCCUGCAGAGCAUUACCGGUGUAUUUAUCCAAGCAUUUAUGGUAGGUAUCGUGUUCGCGAAGCUUUCGCGACCGAAGAAGCGGGCCCAAACGUUGCUCUUUUCCCGAAACGCCGUCAUCUGCCAUCGGGACGGUGUUCCCUGUUUGAUGUUCCGGGUGGGCGAUAUGCGCAAGAGCCACAUCAUCGAGGCCCACGUGACGGCCCAGGUCAUCCGACGGAAGAUUACGAAAGAAGGCGAAGUGCAACCGUUUUUCCAGCAAAAUUUAGAGGUUAGCUGUGAUGGCGGGGACGAUCGGUUGAUGUUCAUUUGGCCUACGAUCGUUGUUCACAAGAUUGAUCGCGACAGCCCACUGUAUAAUCUGUCCGCUCAGGAUAUGCUACGGGAGCGGUUCGAAAUUGUGGUUAUGCUUGAAGGUGUAGUGGAAUCGACGGGAAUGACAACCCAGGCACGCAGCAGCUACUUGCCGUCGGAAAUUCUCUGGGGUCAUCGAUUCGAGUCGGUUGUUACGUUCAAGCGGGACACCGGAGAAUAUGAGGUUGACUAUACUAUGUUCAACAAUACGUAUGAGGUGGAUACGCCAUUAUGCAGCGCCCGGCAGCUGAGCGUCGUUAAAAAGGAGCUCAACAAACAGAAUGGCAUUGUACCCUCCUCGUCCAGUGACGAAUCGGACACAUCGUCCUCUUCGGACAACGCAACGGCAACGGCACGGUUGCCCGGCAAGCAGCAGUCGCUGUCACAGCAUAACGGUUAUUUGCAUUUCAAUCUGAACGCUACUACCCAGAAUCACGGGGGUGUAACGUUCGCUAACCCAGGUGGUGGUGGUGGAGGUGUCGUUAAUAAUGAAAUUCUGGGUGGUGCCACUGUUGCGACCGUCUCCGAGGGCUCGCCGUCCACGGCUCAGAAGCAGCGCACUGCCCGUAUGCUCUCGAUCAAGGAACCAUCGUUAGAUUCGUUGUGCUGAGUGCUGAAAACGAGGGUCUUUUUUCUACGGGGGGAUUAGAGAGGCUACCGCAUCAAAGUGUGCUGUGAGUUCCAGGUGUUAUAGGUGCGGGACAAGUGGACCGAUGAUACCGAGAGCGGGGUGGAGUAAAGUUAGCUGAGCCGAGCCACUGCGGAACAACUCCGCAAAGCGGAACCGAUCUUCGUACUGGACCGGAUUUUAAACAGCAAAAGUGGUAAACGUGUAAAAAUCAGUCACAACCUGUGCGUGGACGGGUACCAGAAUAGCACAUCUUUUUAUUCUACAACAAUAGGCAUUCGAGCGUGCGUCCCCUAGGAGGAGUAGUGUUAGAGUUAGGCAUAAGGCGCAUCCGUUUGGAAGAAAGGGCCAUUUUAUUGCUAGGAAUAAGCUAGAAAGACAGUCAGCGGAAUAAUAAAUCGAAAAUAAAAGCCAAACAGUGAAA